UAUCAUUUCCCAUUCCACCCUUUCUCUCUUUCGCAUUUCCUUCUUUUGGCACUUCAAUAAGAUUACUCUCUUCCUCCCUUUUCCCCACUCACACAGAGGAGAGAGAAAAUCCUAUAAUCAAUUUUUAGAGAGAGAAAGCUUUGUUAGAGAGAGAAACGAAUCGACAAUGGCGUCUUCUACGAGAGUAGAUCUUGACGGAAAUCCUAUUAAGCCGAUUACUAUUUGUAUGAUUGGUGCUGGAGGAUUCAUCGGCUCUCAUCUUUGUGAGAAGCUUAUGUCUGAAACUCCUCACAAAGUUCUUGCUGUUGAUGUUUACAAUGACAAGAUCAAGCAUCUUCUCGAACCUUCUUCUCUUCCUUAUGGUGAUCGCAUUCAGUUCCACCGUAUUAACAUCAAGCAUGAUUCUCGUCUUGAAGGCCUUAUCAAGAUGGCGGAUCUGACGAUUAAUUUGGCAGCGAUCUGUACUCCUGCUGACUACAACACACGUCCUCUUGACACAAUCUACAGCAAUUUCAUUGAUGCGUUGCCAGUGGUUAAGUACUGUUCGGAGAACAACAAGCGUCUCAUUCACUUCUCUACUUGUGAAGUGUAUGGAAAAACUAUUGGUAGCUUCCUUCCUAAGGACAGCCCUUUGCGCCAGGAUCCUUCAUACUAUAUUCUCAAAGAAGAUGAAUCACCCUGCAUCUUUGGCUCCAUUGAGAAACAGAGGUGGUCCUACGCGUGUGCAAAGCAAUUGAUUGAGAGGCUCGUCUAUGCGGAAGGUGCUGAAAAUGGUCUUGAGUUCACAAUUGUCAGACCUUUCAACUGGAUAGGCCCCAGGAUGGAUUUCAUCCCUGGAAUUGAUGGCCCUAGUGAAGGUGUCCCAAGGGUUCUAGCCUGCUUCAGCAAUAACCUAUUGCGUCGUGAACCACUUAAGCUUGUGGAUGGUGGUGAAUCCCAAAGAACUUUCAUUUACAUCAAAGACGCCAUUGAGGCUGUACUCUUGAUGAUUGAAAAUCCAGCCAGAGCAAAUGGUCACAUCUUCAAUGUUGGCAACCCUAACAAUGAAGUUACUGUUCGACAGCUUGCUGAGAUGAUGACCAAGGUCUACUCAAAGGUAAGUGGAGAAUCGGAAAUUGAAACUCCCACUAUUGAUGUUAGCUCCAAGGAGUUCUACGGUGAAGGAUAUGACGACAGCGACAAGAGAAUUCCAGACAUGACCAUCAUCAACAAACAGCUUGGUUGGAACCCUAAGACAUCUCUGUGGGACUUACUGGAAUCAACCCUCACAUACCAACAUAGGACAUAUGCCGAGGCUGUGAAGCAGGCGAUGUCAAAGCCCGUUGCAUCCAGCUGAAGAGAGGAGUAAGGAUGGAAAUGGCGGUGUUUGCCUCAGUUCAAGCUCUCAUACUCUCAGCCAUCACACUUUGUUUAGUUUGUUGUCUUCAAAUUCUUUUAGAACUCUUGAGAUAUGUCUAAAAUGGUUUAUUCACAUAUACCUUAAUUUUUUUUCCCUUUUUUUUUUUGUGUUUGUUCCUAUGUGGGUAGUCAAAGUGUUCAUGUAAUAGUCAGAAGUUGUAAUAUUCGGAGGGUACCCUUAAGUGUAAUGUACUUGUUAGGGUUAUGAACUUUUGCCAUAAGUGGGGAGUUGCUGAUUUUUAGUUUUUAUGAAGGGGACACGUGUUUCUCUGUGGAAUCAGCUUAUCUGUUUGCCGCUCAAAGAAAAGAAAAUUCAAUGUACUGUUACGUUUAUUUUGGAUCA